AUGUCAAAGAAAAAGACCACAUCCAAUGAAGAAAAGCUUGAUAUUUGUGUAGAUUUUUUUCUUGAAAAUCGCGAACCUUUUUCGUUGAAAGAGUUGGAGAAAAGGCUCCCUAAAUUCAAUCCUGCCAUCAAGUUUCCUCUCGUUAAAGAUUUGCUCACUCAACUCACCGCCGAUUCCAGAAUUGAUACCGACAAAAUUGGAUCAUCAAAUCAAUAUUGGUUGUUCCCGAGUGCAGCAAGCGAGUCCAGAAAGAGAAAGAAACAAGAAUUGCAAACACAAGUAGAUGCAGAAAAUGUAAAGAAAGCAAAAUUAGAAGAAGAAAUUAAAGAAGCUGAAAUAGGAAAAGAAGAUACGGAGGAGAGAAGAAAAUAUCUAAAUGAACUAGAGGAAAUAAGAAAGGAGAGAGAAGAAGUAAUGAAACAACUCAAAAGAUAUGAGGAUUUAGAUCCCGAACUGAUUGAAAAGAUCAAAUCCGAUGUCAGUGUUUGCAAAGAUGCUGCUAAUCGAUGGACCGAUAAUGUUUUUGCGCUUGUCAUGUAUUGCAAGAAAAACUUCAACAUGGAUCAAAAAUCAAUUUAUGAACGGUUUGAGAUUCCUGAAGAGUUUGAUAACAUUGAAUGA